AUGACAUUUAAAGAUGAAAAGGAGUUGUUUGAUUUCUAUAAGCAAUAUGCCUAUACAGUUGGUUUUCCAGUAAGAAAAAGAAAUUCUAAAAAGGGGGAUGAUGGAAUUGUUAGAUUUGUGACAUUUACAUGUAGUCAUGAAGGCCGAAGGUCUAGUAAUACAAACAGUGCCUUGAGGCCGCAACCAACAAGUCAAACAGAUUAUAAAGCACGGAUAUCUGCAUUUGCAAACUAUAAUGGCACAUGGAGAAUUAACACCGUCAACCUCGAGCACAACCAUAAGACAAGUCCUUCGAAGUCUAGGAUGUUUCGGUGCAAUCAGGAAUUAAGUGCAAAUGUAAAACGAAAGCUUGAAUUGAAUGACAUAGUGGGAAUUCCACUGUACAAAAGUUUCAACUCUGCAAUUGUAGAGGCAGGUGGGUAUGAGAAUAUGACCUGCAUUGAAAAAGAUUGUCAAAAUUAUAUUGAACAAGUUAGACUGUUACGACUUGGAGAGGGAGAUGCAGCAGCAUUACAAUCUUACUUUUCACAGAUGCAAGCACGGUGCUCAGGGUUUUACUUCGCUAUGGAUUUGGAUGACGAGUCUCGGCUUAAGAAUGUAUUUUGGGCAGAUAAUAGAUAUAGGCAAGCUUACAAGGAGUUCGGUGAUAUUGUAACCUUUGAUACCACUUAUUUGACGAAUAAGUACGACAUGCCUUUCGCACCUUUUGUUGGUGUGAAUCAUCACGGACAAUCAACACUGCUUGGUUGUGGCUUGUUAUCAAAUGAGAAUACAAGUUGGAGAGCCAUGAUCAAUGAGUUUAAGUUAUAUGAUAAUGAUUGGUUGUUUGGAUUGUACGAAAAUCGAGGUCGUUGGGUGCCUUACUUUUUGAAAACAACUUUCUGGGCCGGGAUGUCUACAACACAACGAAGUGAAAGUAUGAAUGUAUUUUUUGAUGGAUACGUCCAUUCGAAGACCUCUUUGAAGCAGUUCGUUGAACAGUAUGAACGAGCACUAAGGAAUAAGGUUGAAAAAGAGUUCCAGGCAGAUUUCAAAUCAUACUCGCAGAUGGUUCCGUGUGCAACAAGUUUUGAGAUGGAAAAACAAUUUCAAUUAGUAUACACAAUUUCAAAAUUCAAGGAAGUUCAGGAUGAGUUUGUAGGAAAGAUUUAUUGUGAUGUCGCUUCAGAAGUAGAGAGAUUGGACUGGGUGAAGUACGAGGUUCGGGAGUCUACAGUAUACCUCAAGGGUAGGAAGAAGAAAACAUUUCUCAUCUCAUUUCAGAGGGACACUAGUGAAGUGAUGUGUAGUUGCCACCUGUUUGAGUUUCAAGGAGUUAUUUGUAGGCAUGCGAUCACAGUGUUCGACCGUAAUGAAUUGACACGAAUGAAGAGAAGUAUAUAUUGCGGCGGUGGAGGAGAGAUGUCAGUAGGGCACAUACGAGGGUCGCAGUGA